UUUGUUUUGUUUUUUUUUACAGCAGUCAUUAUAAAUACAUACAUUUGAGAAAACAAUAAAAAAAAAAUAAUAAAACUAAACAAAAACCUACCAACAUAUGUAUCUCUUACACCACCGCCCCCCCUCGCCGCUUUGGAGUUAUUAUUAUGUUACUUUUGCUUUAUUUUGCACACUUUCUCACACUUAACCGUCGCGCAACUCAUUCACUCACUCAAUUUUCUGCUUUUAUUUCACCUCUUUCGCACACGAAUCGCAACACACACCGACGCUAUCGCCGAUUUCCACUGCGACUCCAAUUGCUGCUCUCGCCGCUCGAUUUUUCGGUGUUGUUGGCUCACUUUGACUGGCUUUGCGUUGCGUUGUUGGAUUGUUGUUGACUUGACUCGACUUGGCUUGGUUGACUGGCUGGCUGGUUGGCUCGCUGACUAACUAACCGACUGGCUUUGGCGUGUGUAGGAAGCAUCUGAUCCGUACCACCACCAAGUGAAAGCGAUGGAAACCAUUUUCAUAAAAGAAGUUCAAACGAACGGACCUGCUCACUACGCCAACCUGCAGACGGGCGAUCGCGUUCUAAUGGUGAACAACACACCCAUCGCCGGGCUUGCAUACAGUACAAUCGUGUCGAUGAUCAAGCAAACGCCUUCAGUGUUGACGUUGCAUGUAGUGCCCAAGGAGUGCGAUGUACUGCAGAUGCAUUAUACGAGUAUUGCGCACACACCAGAAACUAAUCGUCUUGCCACAGCGCCUCGACCCAUACCGUCGCCCGUGACUGUGGGCAAUGGUAAUACAGCUGGCGCAUUAAUACCAAUCACACCAGCUGCUGCAGCGUCGGCGGCUGCAUCUGCAUCUACAUCUACAUCUACAUCGACAACAAAAUCAUUUUCACACCAACAGCAGCAAUUGAUCUCAUAUCCACAGCUGAGUGGUAAUAGUGGCGGUGUAGUUGUUGGCGCCGGUGGAAAGGCUAGUCGUUCGGGCAGUGUUACGAGCUCGGGUAGCAGCAGCUUCCGUCCCACAGCGGUGGGGAGUGGCGAGUUUAUCGAUAUGUCAUCGCAGGGAAUGCACCAGCACAACAGCGGCCGUUUGCUGAUACGAGACGAUGGCGGCGGUGGAUUUCUGUCGCGGUAAGUGCGCAAAUAUUUACAAAACAUACAAACAAACACGUG